GGUCACGUGGUGCUGCACUGCAGCCUGACCGAGUCUCGCGCUCGCCUCCACCCGCUCAGCACCGCACAUGGACUCAGCUCCUCUCACAGCACGUCUCCUUCAGGAAAGCUUCAUGGACACUUUUGACGAGAUGAUAUCUGAGGAAGACGGGAAUGAGCGACGCGACAUCACCUUUCCACCCCAUUCCUCAUCUCUUUAAACGGACUUUCUGUGGAUUUUGCUCAGAACACCUGACCUGAUCUGAUCUCUCUCUCUCUCUCUCUCUCUGAGCUACAGCAGCACUGGGUGUUGGUCUUUUGUCAAGAGACUUUUCUUCUGUCCAGUUCUACCAGUAUGGCAUCCGUGCUCCAUCCUGUCCUGUUCCUUCUACUUCAGUUACUUCAUGUUCAGUCAAGCUUCCAUCAGAAGCCCCAGUGGCCUUUGCAGCGUGUGCCUGUAGUCCUUCCUCAACAGACUGAGGAGCGUCCGCCCCCUCAUUUCAUCGGCCCAGCUCAUCUGGAAGUGACCUCUUCCUGUGGUCCCGAGUGUCACAAGAAAGCCCCAACACCCAGCUACUGGGACCUGCGAAGCUUCCUGUCCUAUGAGACUCUCCACUCAAAUGGCCAGCUGACUGAAACAGUUGUGGGAAUCUAUGGCUUCAACCCAAACAUGCUGAAGAGCCCUGCCGCUGAGCAGGGACGUUCCAGAGCCAAGCGCCAGAUCUUUGGCCAUGAUGGUCGCUUCAGCAUUGUGGGCCAGGACUUCCUGCUGAACUACCCCUUUUCGACUGCUGUGAAGCUCUCCACAGGGUGCUCAGGCACGCUAGUGGGUAACCAGCAUGUUCUCACUGCAGCCCACUGCAUCCAUGAUGGAAAGAACUACGUAAAAGGUGCACAGAGGUUGCGUGUGGGUUUUCUGAAGCCACGGCAGAAGGACCAACCAUCUAACAACAGCACUGACAACAAGAUGAAGUUCCAGUGGAUCAGAGUCAAGCGUACCCAUGUGCCCAAGGGCUGGAUAAAAGGCAACGCUAAUGAAAUUGGCAUGGACUAUGAUUACGCCCUCCUGGAACUCAAGAAGACUCACAAGCGUAAACACAUGAAGCUGGGAGUGAGUCCUGCUGCCCAGCAACUGCCUGGUAAACGAGUGCAGUUCUCCGGCUUCGACAACGAUCGAGCAGGCCAGCUGGUCUACCGCUUCUGCAAAGCCGGGGAUGAAACCUACGACCUUCUGUAUCAGCAUUGUGAUGCUCAGCCUGGAGCUAGCGGCUCUGGUGUUUAUGCCCGGAUGUGGGACCGCAGGCGCCGCCGCUGGGAGCGAAAGGUGAUCGGCAUCUUUUCGGGACACCAGUGGGUGGACCUCAAUGGUGCCCCCCAGGAGUUUAACGUAGCAGUGCGCAUCACGCCUCUUAAAUAUGCCCAGAUCUGCUACUGGAUCAAAGGGAAUUAUGUGGACUGCAGAGAAGGCUGAACUUAAGCUUCAGUAUUAUCCUUACCUUAAGUAAAGUUCUGUGCAUCCUCUAGAUUCAUUCAAAUGGAGUUUAAACACCUACGAAUACAUGAAACACUGGCAUGUAAACACUGAAUGAACUUAACACACCCAUUCACACACUGUAAAUAUUCAGAAAUUACAAGAAUUUCUAGAAUUUCUCUUAUCUACAAUUACUUAACCAAAUAAUUUUGCACAGUCUUUAGUUUCAGCUGGCCUUUACAAUAGUAUAGCUCCAAUUUAGGAUUCAUCUUUGAUAAGUCAACAAAACUGUGGUUAAGCUUACCAUUGGAGCAAAAGAGCAAACAAUUGUGAAUAGAUAGAAAGAACAUGAAAGUGGCAGGAUGGACCUAACAUCACCAAAGAUGGUUUUCAAUGACUGUGGACUUCUCCAGUACAAAGCACUGUAGGCUUUAAGCCUUUGUGAACGUUUUCAUUGUGAAGAAUGUACUCCAGUUUAACCAAAGGUGCUUUUUAAAAUAGCUAUCCAAGUCAAACAUACAGAAGGCUUUAACUACUGGAUGAACUCUGUCUGCGUGGAUUGGCAUGUGGUUUCUAUUCUGUUAGCGACCCCUAGUGGUCAAAGACAUUACAUCUAAUGGCCACAAGACCCAAGUCUGAAAAAGCGUUGGCGGAUGGUGCUUCCUUACACUAAUCACAGAACUUUUUUUUGAAUUAAAUAAGUACUCGGAGAUGCAGAUGUUAUAUACUUUAAAUGUUAUAUACCAAUGUCAGCACCUAAAGCACUUUGAAUUUUUAAAUUACUGAUUUCUUUAGUCAUUAACAGCUUUGAAUGAUAAUUCACUCUGUACUAUACAAAUGUUUAUUAAAUGCUUUUGAAAGGAA